GCAUUAAAAAGGUUGCACGGUGCAGCCUUGCAGCAGACUCGACUUGACAAUCUCGGGAGUCCCUCCCCUUCCCGGACACGACACUCACUCACUUCCUAGUAAGGUGAAACAAAUCAAUCUUCGCCUUUGCAAUCCUCGACAAAAACAUGAUCUGAAGCACGUAGCCUACUUCUAAAAACAAAUGGAUAAAUAACCUCCAGUUAUGGUCACGCUUUAUUUUCGCGUUUGCAUGUGCAUGUGCAGCAGCAGCGCUGUUGCCAAAACACGACCGUGCUGCCACACUACACCUGCAGUUCUCCCGGAGCUGCACACCAAAAUAGUGGACUAACCGCUCCUGUCUGCCGGGGGAAAUAGUAUAACAUGUGUUUCCCUACAAACGGUACAAGCGAUUUGCAGUCUUGUUCUAUUUCAUUCAUUAUUUCCUCUUUUUACGCGAUGAAUGACCAGCGAUGGUCCUACUGUGAAUUAUAACCCUGGAUCGCUACUUGUAGGAGCUGCGAUUGUUUUCGGGUAUGAACACCACCACAACCAACACCACCACCAGCAAGUUGGCCAUAAGUUGAUUUAUCGAUGUUUGCAACAACAAACAUAAAACAAUUUAAAGGCGCUCUGCCUUGUUCGGUUCCUCCUUUGUCAGUCGUUGAUUUUUUUUAAAGCAGGGGGGAAAAACAAGACAAUUAAAAAGAUUGACAGGUAGGCUCUACUGUCAGAGUGACGCUCAUAGGAGAGGGGAGGAGUAAAACUGGAGCAGGAAAAGCCACUCGAUGCGUCUGUCUAUCAGUUGAGACUGCCUGAAACGCUUCUGCAUACACACGCACACAUACAUACACAACCACACAUACACUCACACACUGCGCUUCAUUCUUUUUCUCGGGAGCAGACAAGACCCCGGCACUGGCUCGCUCCCUGGAGUUUACAGAAAGAGCGAGAGAGAGAGGGAGGAAAUUAGUUCAUGUCGAUCUCCUCGCGAAGAAGGUGGAUGCCUUGUGGUGGAUGUCCUGUUUGUUUCUGUUUUAGUAGCGGGCGCUGCUACCUCCACCACAUCCAACCAAAACCCCGCAUCUGACUAGAUGAGAUGAGCGACGGCCGGUGAAAAUACACAUAUUUUUUUUUGCGUGUCUCUGAAGAAAAAUAAUAAUAAACAUCUGUGGCAAAGGAGGAAGGAAACACCGGCAAGGGAAUAAAUAUCAAAGGUGUUCGCUCACAAGGGACUUAUUGUUGGGUUGUCGUCCGACUUUUUUAUUUAUUGGGUGGCGAAGGCAACAAAGUAGCCCCCCUACACCGUGAGAUAGUGACCCCCCCCAUCUCACCCCCCCCCCCCCCCCCCCCACUCCGCCUCCCUGGUGGCAGCAGGGGAGUGACUCAAACUUGGCUGCGAGGUCUGCUUCUUCUCUGCCAUGAAAGAGAUGGUGAAGGAAGAUGAUCUUUGAUGGACAUGUCACGAGCUGGCAGAAUUCUCGCCUAUUUUUAACAUAGAAACUUAUUUUCUUUUCUUCUCCUCACGUGUCGCCUCUACUCGCUCUCAGUAGGCCUGCUACAUUUCAAGAAGGACAAUAGUAACCAGCGCUGUUACAACGUAACAGCUUCAGGUGUGGACUUUUGUGUGGAUGCUGAAAUCCCACUGUUGGUUAGGUGUGCAGAUCAACCAGCCCGUCCCUCUCGGGUUUUGAAGAGACGACACAGACAGCACUCGCUCCGAGAUCAAGACGCGGGAUGAUUUUUUUCUACUGACAGACUUUCUUGUUGUUGUAAUUCCUGCAUGAGAAGUACCGUGGGAACCGACGGUCACUAUGCCGAGGAGAAAGCAGCAAGAGCCGCGUCGAUCAGCAGCCUAUGAACCUGAGGAUGAUGAAGUCAAGGCAUCCCCACACGACGAGGAAGAGCACUUACAGGACGACGGCCUCUCAUUGGACGGUCAGGAUGCAGAGUUCCUGUGCAAUGAGGAAGAGGAGGACGCGGACGGUGGAGCGGCGCCGAGCUACAGAGACUCUCCGCUCAGCAACGGCACCAACCCGGACGCGGGCUACGGCUCCCCGCUCAGCGACACCAGUGACAGGCUCACAGACUUUAAGAGCACCUGCUCCCGGGACGACCCCGAGAGGGAGCGGGAGAGGGAGCUGGAGCAGGAGAGGGAGCGGGAGAGGGAGCUGGAGCAGGAGAGGGAGAGGGAGAGCGAGGCAGCCUCUCUGCCCCUGCGCCCGAACAAUGGCCUUUCUCUCCAGGACAGCCUGGCACAAAUGAAAGCCGUCUAUGCAAACCUCAUCUCUGAUGCCUCCUGGUCCAGCAUCGCCAUGGACAUCAUGAAGUCCAAGACUGCGUCUUCUGCCGCCCUCACCAGUGACCUGCCCACCGCCGCGCCCGCCAGCACCGCUGCUUCCGCCGCCGCCGUUCCUCCCACGAGUAAAGUCAGCGGGAACCACAUGCCCAGCAGCCACCACAACGGGAGGAGCUCCAGCGCUGCGGUCAAUCACAGUGGGAGCGGGAGCACCAACGGCGUCGCGGCAAGCACUGCGAGCAGCCACAGCCACACCCACAGCCACGGCGGCGGUGGCGGCGGCGGCGGCAGCAGUGGGGGCGCCAGUAAUGGAAGCGGAAUAGCUUAUGACUGGCACCAGGCGGCCCUCGCAAAGACACUGCAGCACACACCCUACCACCUGCUGCCGGAGCCCAGCCUCUUCAGCACCGUGCAGCUCUACCGCCAGAACAACAAGCUUUACGGCUCAGUCUUCACCGGCGCCAGCAAGUUCCGCUGCAAAGACUGCAGCGCCGCCUAUGACACUCUAGUGGGGCUGACGGUGCAUAUGAACGAGACGGGCCACUACAGAGACGACAACAAAGACAAGGAGGAUGACCGGGGGAAGCGCUGGUCCAAGCCCCGCAAGCGCUCUCUGAUGGAGAUGGAGGGCAAGGAGGACGCGCAGAAGGUGCUGAAGUGCAUGUACUGCGGCCACUCCUUUGAGUCCCUGCAGGACCUCAGUGUCCACAUGAUCAAGACCAAGCAUUACCAGAAAGUGCCUCUCAAAGAACCGGUGCCGUCCCUGGCCACCAAACUGGUGCCCCCUUCCAAAAGGCGUGCUCUCCAAGAUGCCGUCAUCUCCCCGUGCUCGCCAGAUUCUAUCCACGCCAGCACAGGGGGUAAUCACUUGUCAAUGAUGGAUUCGAGCAAAGACUCAAAGUCCACGGCAAACCCCUAUGUGACACCCAACAACCGCUACGGUUACCAGAACGGCGCCAGCUACACAUGGCAGUUUGAGGCGCGAAAGGCCCAGAUUCUGAAGUGCAUGGAGUGUGGGAGCUCCCAUGACACGCUCCAGCAACUGACCGCCCACAUGAUGGUUACGGGCCACUUCCUCAAGGUGACCAACUCUGCCUCCAAGAAGGGCAAACAGUUGAUGUUUGACCCCGUUGUAGAGGAGAAGAUCCAAUCGAUCCCACUGCCGCCCACAACUACCAGGCUUCCAGUUCCUUGCGCUAUUAAGUCCCAACCCGUGUCUCCAGCCCUGUCCUCUAGCUCAGAGGAGAAGAGGGAAGUUUGUGCUGAAGAAAAGAUGGAUGUCGCUGAGCUGGGGGAAAAGAAGAUUAAAGAGGAGAAAGAGGACCCGGGGGAGAAGACUCAGGCAGAUGGCACCUCCUAUAAAUACCUCAGAGAGGAGGACCUGGAGGAGGCGCCCAAAGGGGGACUGGACAUCCUCAAGUCCCUGGAGAACACUGUGUCCAGUGCCAUUAGCAAGGCACAGACUGGCACACCGACGUGGGGUGGCUACCCCAGCAUUCAUGCAGCCUACCAGCUCCAGGGGGGCAUGAAGAGCUCCACCACUGUACUGCCUCCAACAGUGCAGAGUAUCCAGAUACAGCCAAUGUACAACAGUGGCCUCAGGGGCCUCAUGAGUGACCCAAACUCAGUCCUUCACUCCCCCAGGAGUCCCUCUCUAACUCCCCCGCUUAGGAACAAUGUAACUGCCAUGGAGGAGCUGGUGGAGAAGGUGACAGGAAAAGCUACCGCCAUCAAGAAAGAGAAGGAGGAAAAGCUGGUGAGCCUUGAGCGCUGCCGACCCCCUUCUUCGAUUAAGUCUCCCUCCCCCGCCCUGAGAGAGCAGAGGGAGCAUUUAGGCUCCCCGAAUGACCUCUCUGUGGGGAGACCACCCACUGUCAGGAACAGCAGCCCCGGAAGCGUGGAUUCAGAACCUGUUUGCAAGAAGGAGCCCAAAGAGAGCCUGGUGGAUGGCCACAACAACCACUCCAAAAACAGCUCAGAGUCGCGCCAAUCCCCUGUCACUAACGGCAACAGCAUGAGCAUCAUCACCGAUCACUCGCCAGAGAGGCCUUUCAUUAACCCUCUCAGCGCACUCCAGUCAAUCAUGAACACGCACCUAGGUAAAGCCUCAAAGCCGGUUAGCUCUGCCGCCGACCCUCUGUCCAUGCUGUACAAGAUCAGCAACAGCAUGAUGGACAAGCCCGCGUUUAAUCCUUCCCCCCAGACCAAACCAGCUGAGCCCGUCAAUCGCUACCCAUUUUACGAGACCAACGACCAGCCAAUUGACUUGAGCAAAUCAAAGUCCAACACUAACAGCAACAGCAGUUGCGCUCCACUACUCAACAGCAACACUAUCAACGGUAACAAGCCCAUUCUGUCUCUCCCUGAUUCCGUCUCCUCUCCUCUGAGAGAGAACGCUCUGAUGGACAUCUCCGACAUGGUGAAGAACCUCACAGGAAGACUGACGCCCAAGUCCUCCACCCCCUCCUCCAUCUCCGAGAAGUCGGACGCGGACGGCAGCACGUACGACGACACUCUGGAGGACCUCUCCCCGGUCCAGAAGAGGAAAGGGCGGCAGUCCAACUGGAACCCUCAGCACCUCCUCAUCCUACAGGCGCAGUUUGCCUCCAGUCUGAGGGAGACCACAGAGGGCCGCUAUGCCAUGACUGACCUGGGGCCCCAAGAGAGGGUCCACAUUUGCAAGUUCACGGGCCUCUCCAUGACCACGAUCUCCCACUGGCUGGCCAACGUCAAGUACCAGCUGAGACGCACCGGGGGCACCAAGUUUCUAAAGAACAUGGACUCUUGCCAGCCGGUGUUCCUAUGCGGUGACUGUGCCUCCCAGUUCAGGACUCCCUCCGCCUACAUCGGCCACCUGGAGACUCACCUGGGCUUCAGCUUGAAGGACCUGUCCAAGCUGUCCAACGAACACCUACGGGAGCAGCAGGCUGUCUCCAAGGUGAUCACAGACAAAAUGACAUUUGGUAGCGCCCUGUCGGCACUGACGGUGCCGGAGGACGACACGGGUUCCGUGUACCAGUGCAGACUUUGCAAUCGGACCUUCGUCAGCAAACACGCGGUUAAACUGCACCUCAGCAAGACCCACGGCAAGUCUCCAGAGGAUCACCUGGUGUUUGUCACCGCCUUAGAGAAACUAGAGAAGCUGGAUAAGUGCGAGAAGGUUUGAGCGGGAUAGAGGCUGUUGGGCCUUGGGGUAGAGACUUACAGCUGUGGAACUGACCAGAAUUUCAUUGCACUAAAAAUUCACAGUUACUGCACUGGGCCGAACUGAGCCGCUAUUAUGAAAAAAGGAAAAAAAAGACAGUCUUAUUAUUAUUAUUAUUAUUAUUAUUAUUAUUAUUAUUAUCAUUUUUCUUUUUGUGAUAAAUGCUUGACUGGACCAUGUCUAUUUUUGUUCACUUUUACCUUUUGUUUGUUUUGCCAAGCUCUUUUUUUUUUAACUAAUUUUGUAAUGUAUUUAUAUGCUAUUUGUCUGAUCUGUGCAUGUAUUUUAGUGAGUCAAGAUUAACACAAGAUUUUGAUCUUUUCAUGGCAAAUAAUACAACUACUGCUUCAAUGGUAACUUAAGUGGUGACUGAAAAAUGAAUUGGAGAAAGGAGAAAAUUGUACAAUACUUGAUAUGAAGAAGGGGAAAAUUAAAUGUAUAUGCCAAAAGAAUGGACGAAUACCCAGAGAGACUGAAGUAGCACCUUAGACAGUUGCAUUUUACAUUUGUAAAGAGACCAUGUUUCAAAAUACUUUGCAUUUGUCAAAUCAGAUUGAUUUGAAAAGAUCAAUCAUCAUCCCUUUUCCCCGGCUAUUCUUUUUUUCUGAGUUCCUGUCACUGGGAUGUUUUUGAUGAUGGCCUGCUCUGAAAGCUGAAAAAAAAGCAAAACGGAUUGUGUAAACCUUUUAGGAGCAGUUUAAAUGCUCCUUCUGAAUAACAAGUCAAUCAGUGAAUAUGUAAUGGCUGUCAGUAUGCAAAUUUCAUUCAAAAACUAUUUUGUUCCCCCAUGAUGUGAAGUACCACCUUAGUCACAAUUCUCUGUUGUUGUUGUUGUAUCGUUUGCUACAACUUUCUCUUACUGAAUUGUGUCGCUAUACUGUAAAGACAAGAGUCCGUUACAUGUAAAUGAUUAUCAGUGAAAUGUCAGUACUCUAUAAGACAUAUCUUACCAUUUGAAUCAACUCAACAUUCUUUGUAUCUUAAGGUGUGUGCAUUCUCUAACUUUUAUAUUGUCAUUUUAUAUACAAAAAUGGAUAAAAAAGAAAAACAGAUGAUGUAUAUAGAUAUAUACUGUAGAUCUAAAAAAUGUCUUUUUUAAAAAAGAAAAUACAAAUUUAGCUUCUCUGGCUUGGUUUACAGAAAUGAUUUUAAUUAUAAUUGCAUCCAAUUUGAUGCAUGAUAUGGUGUGAAAAAUAAAUAAAGCGAUGCACAAUGACUAUACAUUUCAAUGUUUUAUCGAGGAUAUUGUAAAAAAAAAACAACAAAACUUUUUAGCACUAAUUAGUUUAAUUUAAUUUCAUUUAAUUUCUUUCUCAAUUGUAAAAUAAACCCCAAUGCCGUUGUUAAGAGUA